AUGAACGACGAGGCAGAUAACACUCAAUCUCAAUCUCAAUCUGAACGCAAUCUCAAUCUCGGAUCGACAUCUAAUCGUAACGACCCAUCGUCAUCAUCAAGUCACUUGUUAACUGUCAAUAACGAAGCAACCACAAAUCCUCGUGCGACACGAGGAAAGCAGAGAAGACAAUCAGACAUCAUUCCACAAUCACAACCUUCGACCGAAGCUAUAACCACUCGUCGAUCAGCCAGACUAUCUAUAGGUGGUAACACAAUUUCCGCAUCUUCCCUGGAUCUCCCUGGUCCCGAAAGCUCAGGUGGCAAGGGAAAGAAACGAGUUCAUAUAGAAGAAACACCCCAAGCAGGAAGUAGCAAGAAGAAAUCCCGGGCUUCACUACCUCACGCAUCUGUCCCUUCUGAAACCUCUCCCAUCGAUAGGAAAGGAAAGAAGCGAGCUCCACGAUCACCUUCGCCUCCUGUAUCUGACCAUAAUCCAUCAAUCACCGAAGCUAGCAUCAAUCGCACCAAGAGAGCAUCUAUCACUUCUACUGGCAGUGGAAGAUACGAUCUAAGGCAUAAGUCCGAGGAGGAAAUCCAACCUACCACCCCCGCUGCAAGCUCCAAAGGCAAGGGUAAGGCGAAAGCUGUUGUCAAAGGAAAAGCAAAGCCAAAGAAAGCAGCUUACAAAAUGCCUAAGAAAGCAAACCCAAAGCAGAAGCGCCCAACUCUCGGAUCAUCCAGUGAUAGAACCAAGAAAGGAGAUACCUCUGCCAGACACCUGGUCGACGAUCACAUGGAUGAUGAUGACUCGCUUUGGAUGGAUGAACCCGGUGGAUCUGGCCGCGGUAUCUUAGACGAUGAAGAUGAAGACGAUGAGCACAUGGAGGGAUCAGAACAUGACGAUGAUGAAGACGAGGACGAGGAUGAUGAUGACGAAGAUGGUGAAGGCGAUGCGGGUAAUCGCGGAGGAGGUCCAGGUGGAACUGCCUAUGAUCGACUCGCUCGACUUGCCAGUGAUACCGGUCUCCACCUUGAUGAAGCGACUGCGGCUGCUAUCUUCGGAGGUGGAUUCCGUGCAUUUGGAGGUAUGAUGUCAGGUCUUUCCAACCGGUUCAAACAAUUGAAGACCAACCUUCAAUCCAAAAAUGUUGCCACACGACUAGCCGCUUUGAGAGAAUGUAGCGAACUUCUUCUGGUCAGUAACGAAGAUACCCUUGGUGGUGCAUUUUCCCCUACAUCCUUCGCCACCGAGUUCAUCGCCAUACUUAAUGGUAAACCCAACAUCAACGAAGAUCAAGAUAGCGGCGAUGAGAAUCAGGGAUUAGACGAGAUGGAUGAAGAUGCUCAACUUGCUGCUGCAUUAGCAAUGAGUUCUGGAGGCAUGAUGCCAUCGGGAGAUCAAGAUGAUAUGGAAUGUCAACUUCUGGCCUGUAGAUGUCUAGCUCAUCUGAUGGAAGCUCUCCCCGGUUCUGGUCAUACCCUAGUUCAUCUGGGCGCUGUUCCCGUCCUCUGCUCCAAGUUGGCUGAAAUCACCUAUAUAGAAUUGGCUGAACAAACGUUAAGUACCCUCGAGAAGAUCUCCGCGGAAUACCCGGCAGCCAUUGUACGAGAAGGAGGUCUUGGCGCUCUUCUCAAUUACCUCCCCUUUUUCUCGACUAAUGUUCAGCGAACUGCGGUGACUGCAGCUGCAAAUUGCUGCCGAAACAUCUCGAACGAACAUUACGCCCAAAUCAAGGAAGUUUUCCCUAUUCUCCGAGAUACCCUCAGCUCAGGUGAUCAACGACUUGUCGAACAAGCUACUCUCGCUGUAGUCAGAACCAUAGAAUCUUAUCGACAUAACGCUGAACACCUCGAAGGCCUUCUAGAGGUUCCUACUAUCACAGCAAUCGAUGCUCUUCUCAUGCCUUCUGGAGGAUCACCACUUGUAUCUCCAUCAACUUACACUCAUCUUCUCAAAGCCCUAACUACCUCAGCUCGAGGCUCCGCCAAGGUCUCUCUCGCUUUCCUCGAAGCUGGUAUGACCAGUACAAUCUACCAGAUACUUACUGGUGUUCUCCCUCCAGCCCAUGACGAAGAUGAACAAGGUGGCUCAUCAGGUGGACAAGGUCUUGCUGGUGGAAUAGCCGAUAUGGCCGUCCUUCAGAAUCUCGCUCAUCGUCCUAAAGAUCAAGUCGAAGAAGCCCUUGGUCUGAUAUGCGAAUUACUUCCACCUACACCACGAGAAGGUGUUUUCGACCCUAAAGGAUAUACCGAGAAAAACCUUGCCAGAGUCAAGAAAGGGCGAAAAGUAGAUAGAUCUGAUCGACCUGGUGCUCCUAGGCGUAGUAGUCGAGUUGCAGAGGCUACCUCUGGCGCUUCGACUGGUCCUCCUACACCAUCUGGCGGCAACGCCCCACUUCCCGCCGACGCUGCCACACCAACUGCUGUUGCUUCAUCUUCAGCGUCAUCGCGGGAAGCUGCCAUGCUCAAAGCACUGAAAGAGGCAAAUGCUCAAAUGGAACAACGAUUCGAAUUACUUCAAUCCAACCCGGAGAUCAUUGGCAAAUUCAUCAAAGCAGUUGUACCAGUUCUUGUCGAUGUCUACGCUGCUUCAGUCGUAUUCAGAGUCAGAGCCAAAGUGUUGAGUGGUCUGGUCAAGGCUAUCGCUUUUGCCAAUGCAGAGCAGCUGAAGAGUACCUUGAGAUCCGUACCCAUGGCGAGCUUCCUCUGCGCGAUCAUUUCAUCGAAGGACAAUCCCACCUUCGUUCAGCAUGCUUUGCAAUUAGUCGAACUUCUUGCUACCAAGAUACCAGAAGUCUAUCAAGCCUCUUUUCUCCGUGAGGGUGUGGUUUUCGAGAUCGAUGCUCUGGCAGAACAGGAAAUGGCAAAGGAAAAGGCUGCCAAGGAAGCCGCGCUUGUCAAGGCUGAACCUAAAGAAAACGAAGAACCAGCUGCGGCACCUUCCAUUAGCACACCGACCAAUGCACCUGCUAUUCCCGAGGAUCUGAAGCCGCUUCUCUCCUUGGCUAGCAUCCCAGGCGGUAUCCCGCUUCUCGGUGAAAGCCCCAGUGGACCAUCUACACCUAAACGAUCAUCCAGCUCAUAUCUCGAUCCUAGCGAUGCCAACAUCGUACGAGCUCGUAUGCUUCAAGCCAAGAAAAUAUUUGAUGUCGAUGGAGAUCAUCACCAAGCGGCUUCUCAGGUCCUCGACGAGAUUAGCGCGAUGGUACAGAAACUCUGUCGAAUGGAAGCAAAUGAAGCUGAGCUAAGGGAUACUCUUAGAGACAUCGCAUCUAGAUUUUCUAAUGUCGAUCAAGCUCUAUCAAGUUUCGAAUUGCUCAAGAGUGGUCUAGUUGAUGGUUUACUCGAAUUCGUCGACAUUGAUGGAGAAGUCUCUUCCUCAGAUCGAAGAUUGAUGCUAUUCGAAGUGUUCUCCGAUACAUCAUUAUACAAUCCUUCACCUCUCACCAUGCUUGUCAAACGACUUCACGAAAGUCUUGGACGACUCGAAAACUUCGAUGUGGAAAUCGCAUUCGGCGGUGGUACCGACGCAUCAAGACCAUCUGCUUCUAGCUUGAGUCGAACCAUGCGCAUCAGACUUCAAGCUGAGGAAGGUGAAGAUAUUCCCAAACAGGUUUCUACCCUUAGCGUUACUAUACAGGCUAUCGCGUCAAUGCAAGCGCUCAAUGAUUACCUUAGACCUCGAGUCGCAGAUGGAAAUUAUGGUUCAGGUUUAUCAAGAAUGUUUGCUGCCUACGCGGCAGGUAUGCCAGGAGGUGGAGGCAACCCUACUUCCCGACUUCUCUCUGCACUGGCUGGAGGCGAGGGACCUUUGAGUCGACUUGGAGAUACCUCAAUGGCUACUGCAGGUAGUUCAGCAGCAGCUACCGCUGCCACUAGUACAGAGAACAAAGCGGAACCGUCGACCGAGAGAAAUAAAGCUGAGGAAGCUGAUAAAGCCGAACCAUCGUCUAAACCACAAAGAAGGAGAAGCGCAAGACUUAGUGCUCAAGGGACUGGCGAAAGCUCCCAAUCAGUAUCAGCUACUGCUGCGGCUGAGCCCUCCACACCUGCACCAGCCGCUGCUGCAUCAAUUUCCGCUAGUGGACCGUCAAUCUUCCCUCAUAUGCCGAUGGAUAUGGAUUUCGAUGAGGAUGAUUACUCGGAAGAGGAUGAGUAUGGUCAUGAGGUGUUCGAGGAGGAAAUGGAAGAGGAAUUAGCUAGACCAACAGAAAGCGUUGUUAACAUGUCUGUUGCCGCUGAUGGUUCCCGAGUCGAGGCCAAGACACCUGAAGGCACUCGAAUUGCUACCCCUCAACAAAACCCACAAGCUGCAACUGCGACUUCAGGCCCUGGCCCAUCAGCUAGUGGAGCUGCUACCCCUCGUGGAUCAUCAUACGCAGGAGCUGUCAAGACUGCCCCUACUGACUGGCAUCUGGAAUUCAAUAUCAACGGGAAUAAGCUGUCUCUGAAUGAUACUCUGUAUGGUGCGGUUCACAGGAAUCAGGACUCUAUAUCUGGAGGUGGCUCUGCCGGAUACGGUGGAAUCUACAAUAUGCCUGUGACGAUCAAAUUCAAGAAAGUUGAGGGUCCCGCUAAAUCAGAUGCACCUGUCGAAGCGCCUUCUCCUGCUUCCGUCACCAGUUCUUUCCCCGCUGGUCUCGAGCCUGGAACUCCUACAUCCAAGAUUCUCAGGUUACUCAGAGUCGUACAUAAUCUGUCCGUGGACGGCAAAGACGCCUUUGGACUGUCGGGCAAUGCGCUAGAUGAAAAUUUGUUUGUCAACAACAAGUUGACUGCUAAAUUGACCAGACAAUUGGAAGAGACAAUGAUAAUCGCUAGUGACUGUCUUCCUGAAUGGGCUGUCGAGCUUCCCAAGCACUUUUCGUUCCUCUUCCCUUUCGAUACUCGAUACAACUUCCUCCAAUCCACUUCCUUCGGCUAUGGUCGAUUAAUCUCCCGAUCUCAACAAGGCGGCAAUUCUCGAAACGGCAGACGAGACGAUGUAUCCCACUUGGCUCGUCUGGUGAGACAGAAAGUAAGGAUAUCCAGAUCACAAUUGUUAGAAUCGUGCUCCAAAGUUUUAGAGAUCUAUGGAACGUCGACGGGUAUAUUGGAAAUUGAAUACUUCGAUGAGAUCGGUACGGGAUUAGGGCCAACUUUGGAAUUCUAUUCUUUAGCUAGUAAAGAAUUUGCGAGAAGGGCAUUAAGUAUCUGGAGAGAUGAAGAUGAGACGAAAGAGGGUAAUUACGUAUUCCAUCCUAAAGGAUUGUUCCCUUCACCACUUAAUGAGGGUUCAAGCGGUUCAGAAUCCAGAUUAUCGUGGUUCAAGACUUUAGGAUUGUUCGCUGGAAGGGCAUUGCUCGACACGAGAAUCAUCGAUGUCAACCUUAAUAGAGUAUUCUUGAAGUUGAUACUUGGACAGCCGGUCAAGAAGACCAUUGCGACGCUAAAGGCUGUCGAUACUGGUCUUGCGAGAUCUUUGGAGAGACUGCAAGCUUACUCAUACGCUAGAAAGGAGAUCGAAGCGCUCAAACUGCCCGCUUCGACUAGACGCACCAAGCUUGCCGCUCUUACAGUAGGAGGAGCGAAGUUGGCCGACUUAUCUCUUGAUUUCACGUUACCAGGGUACAACAUCGAGCUUAAACCUGGUGGAUCUCAUGUCGACGUGGACGAUUCCAAUUUGGAAGAAUACCUUGAGAGAGUCCUGGAGAUGACUUUAGGUAGUGGGGUCGAAAAACAGGUCAAAGCUUUCCAAGAAGGGUUCUCAAUGGUUUUCUCUAUAAGAGAUAUGAGGAUCUUUUCACCUGAAGAGUUGGGAUUGUUGUUUGGUAAUGCCGAAGAAGAUUGGUCAAGAGAGACACUCGAACAAUCGCUCAAAGCUGAUCAUGGAUAUAACCUCGAUUCUCGAGCUGUCCAGAAUUUGCUGGAAGUCAUGGUGGGAUAUGACAAAGAACAACGAAGACAGUUCUUACAGUUCAUCACCGGUGCACCUAAACUCCCUAUCGGAGGAUUCAAAGGUCUCACCCCACCCUUCACGGUCGUUAGGAAACCUCACGAGCCACCUUUCAAAGCUGAUGAUUAUCUACCGAGUGUAAUGACAUGUGCUCAGUAUUUGAAAAUGCCUGAUUAUUCGACAAAAGAGAUUCUCGCUGCUCAGAUUGAAAGGGCUAUGAAAGAUGGUGGAGGAUCUUUCCAUCUUUCUUAG